UUGAUGGCCCAGAUUGCUGUGGUGAAUGUUUACUGGAUGCAGCAGCAUGAAGCAGCUACUGCCACUAACAGUUCUGCUACUUCUAGUUUCAGCUGGCAUGACAGUUGCAGAUCUCCCAAAGGCUGUGGUGCUCCUCGAUCCUCCAUGGGAUAGAGUACUCCAGGAAGACAGUGUGACUCUAAAGUGCCAGGGCACCUACCCUCCUGGGGACAAUGCUACCCAGUGGCUACACAAUGGAAGCCGCAUCUCAGAGCAGACCUUCAGCUACUUCAUUGAGUCUGCCAGGGUUGAGGACAGUGGAGAGUACAGGUGCCAAACAGGCCUCUCCACACUCAGUGAUCCUGUGCAGCUGGAAGUCCACAUUGGUUGGCUGCUGCUCCAGACCACUCAGCAGGUGUUCCAGGAAGGAGAGACCAUUUGGCUUAAAUGUCACAGCUGGAAAAAUAAGCCUGUGCAAAAGGUCACAUAUUUACGGAAUGGUAAAGGCAUGAAGUAUUUCCACUGGAAUUCUGACUUCUACAUCCCAGACGCCACACACAAUCACAGCGGCUCCUACUUCUGCAGGGGUCUUAUCGGACACAGAAACACGUCUUCAGAGGCUGUGAACAUCAUCGUUCAAGGUCCAGCAUCUGCAACGGUCUCACGAAUGCUGCUGUGGCACCAAAUCACUUUCUGCCUGGUGAUGGGAGUCUUGUUUGCAAUAAACACGGGACUGUAUUUCUCUGUGUGGAAAAACCUUCGAAACUCCAUGGAAGACAGGAGGAAAUACAAAUUUCAGUGGAGCCUAGAUGUUCAGGAGCAAUGACCCCUUAUCUCACAGGGCAAAGGAGCAGUGGCCGCGGAAUCUAUGUGCCUUUCUCUGAUCAUCUGAUACAUUAGACAUUUGGGGCAGCAGGGGGAAUGCAACUGAGAACCUGGGCUUGGGGGCCCUCCUCCAAUUCUCUAUUUUCUCUUGGUCUCCAAUAAAAAGGACAGGCCUACAACCCUCAAGAACCCACAAAGAAUCCCUGGGCUGUACCUCCACUCCAAGAGUUGAAAUCCCCUCCAGUUCCUCACAGCAAAGCAACAAUACAGGCUCUGGAUGUUGACCCUUUAAAAGUAAAAUAACUGUCCAUAAAUAAAUGGACAAGAAGAUGAAUGAGUUAAAAGUUGAAGUAGGCUCUGCCUCUGUGUGCCUCAGGACUGACUGCCUUCAGGGGACCCUGGAAUUCCUUCCAGACUUGAGAGUGAGAACUGCUGGGGAUCUAGGCAGUGCAGUAGAACGGAUGAAGGUGGUGCCUGAGGAUGAACUGAAGACCCAUGACAGGAAGCGAGGCUCCCCCAUCUGGGC